AAAACAAUGUAACAUCCUGUGUGAAAGUUGCAGCGCCUUGCGGUUUGGGUCCCUUGAUCAUGUGCCCUCCAGGGAGUCAGUUGGUGGUGGCUGUGGAUGACUGAGACUCUCAGGCCUGGCAGGUGUAUCUGCGGCUCGCCUUGCACCUGGGUCCCGCGGGGAGGAGGGCCUGGAGCCCGGGCCGAGGAGGACAAUGGUGCUCAGGCUGCUGCUCUUGGCUCUCAACUUCAUCCCCUCAGCUCAAGUGACAGAAAAUAAGAUUUUGGUGAAGCAGUCGCCCAUGCUUGUGGUGUACAACAAUGAGGUCAACCUCAGCUGUAAGUACACCUACAACCUCUUCUCAAAGGAGUUCCGCGCGUCCCUGUACAAGGGCGUGGACAGCGCUGUGGAAGUCUGCGUGGUGAACGGGAACUUCUCCCACCCCCUGCAGUUUCACUCCAAUACGGGGUUCAGCUGCGAUGGGAAUUUGGACAAUGAAACGGUGACUUUCUGCCUUCGGAAUCUGUCUGUGAACCAAACCGACAUUUACUUCUGCAAAAUUGAGGUCAUGUAUCCUCCUCCUUACCUAGACGAGAAGAGCAAUGGAACCAUUAUCCAUGUGAUAGAGAGGCAUCCUCCAGAAACCUGUGUCCUCCUGUGGCCUGAGUCUAAGCCCUUGUGGGCAAUGACAGUGGUUGGUGGAGUCCUGGCUCUCUACAGUGUGGUAGUGACAGUAGGCCUUUAUUUAUAUUGGAUAAAGAGCAAGAAGACCAGGCUCCUGCAAAGUGACUACAUGAACAUGACACCCCGGCGGCUUGGGCCGACGCGCAGGCACUACCAGCCCUACGCCCCAGCGCGAGACUUUGCGGCCUACCGCUCCUGACACGGAGGCCUAUCCAGAAGCCAGCCCGCCGGCACUCCUCCACCUGCUCAACACCAUUGCUCUGGAUAGGAAAGGAUGGUCUCCUCGGUAGCCGGCCACCGUGGGCCCACUUCAGGCACUAAUGCCAGUUCUCCUUAUGCACCUGGACCAAAUAUCAGGGAUCCUCUUGAGACUCUGAGAAGAAGUUACAGAAAUUUCCUGUGGCAGGCCACAUUUUAUAGUGCCAUGACCCAAAUUCACAUUUAUCCUAGCUUGAUUGAGAAGUUCAAAUUGAAACCCAGAAAAAUGAAUGGAUUCUGAAAGCCUUGUGGUCUGCUUCCAGGCUGCUGGCUGAGCCUUUCUCACCUUUACAUCUCAACCAGCAGAGCUGGUCCCUAAGGAUACUUACACAGAAAUCAUUCCCUUCUGCUAACGGGGUGGUAGCAGUGAGGCCAGCUUAGAAUGAGGGAGAGGUAGAGAUACUUACAUAUUUAAAAACCAUUAAAACACAGUUUCCUACAUUAUACAAUGAGCCACUUUUUUCCUUCUUAAUGUUGUCAGUCUUUUCUGUCUGUUUAGGGAGAUGUAGACAUUACCUUUGAAGAAUCGCACCAUGUUUAAUGACUCUGCCCAAUAGAAUUCCCUCAAAGCAAUGCGAGGCAGACCCACUCGCCUUCUUCACCCUUCCUGAUGGGAAUUCAUUGUUAAGGUUCACAAUGUGAUUUCAAAAGGAUGAAAUAGUCCUCCUCCCACACUGCUAAGAGUGUGUCAGGAAGUAAGGUUGCUUUAUACUAAAAAUAGUUGAAUGCUGUGAAGGGUUGUUUGUCUAAGAGCUCAUUCCAGUCAGACUGUCUGUUUCGGCUUUGCGGGGCUGGUCUCUUCAUGGUCUGUGUGGAGAUCUGAGGAGGGGCGGCUGGCAUAACAUCUGCAGGAGAUAGGUGCAGUGAUACCCGGGAAGGGGAUGUUAUCGUCUACUCAUUCAUGAGUUGCAAGAAUCUUCUUCUGAAGGGAGAUGGAUGGAAGGGAGUGGGGCAGUUUUUGCCAGGUGCUGAGCAGUGGCAGAUGUUAGGCGGAAGUUUUCCAGAAGGCACCAGACAGAGGGAUCCCUAGAGAGAACUCUUUCACAGGAACUUCCAGUGCCCUGGGGUUCAGGGUUAUAGAACUCUGUGGGGGCAGCUGCUUGUGUGCUCCUAAUCCAAAAUUAUGGAAGGGGAUUUUGGAUGGUGUUUUUGAAGACAAUUGAAAGUUCUUGAGAGGUUCUUCGAGGCCCAACUCUGGAAUGAUGAUAAAUAAUUCUCAGCCUCCAGUUUGUGUCAAAUGAAAUAUGCCUGGGACCUUGGAAAACAGCUCUUUCGCCUUUCACCUGUUCAAUGCUUUGGUUUCUCCAGGUGUUAGAAGAGCCCGGGCUUUAGAGAUAGAUAACCCUGGUUCAAAUCCCAUGACUAGCUGAAUGGCCUCAAGCAAGUCACCGCUUAUCCAAGACUGGUUUUUCAACUCUAAAUAGAGAUCAUGGUCACAAAUAUCUGUUUCUACACCGUAAUCUCCACGAAGGUGUGACUAUCUCUGUCUUUUCAUUACUUGUCCCCAUGGCAUUUAGCGCCAUGCCAAACAUAUAGCUUUUAUUAUUAUUGCCACAUAUAUAAAUUAUGUAUAAAAUCAAAUUGGACAAUGACCUAAGAAGGGAAGGAAAUGAUAACAUAAAUUUAAACUAAAAGUUAUGAGGAGCUAUGAAAUAUGAAAACCUCUUAACUUCCAUCAGUCUCCUAUUUCUUAGGCUAUUUUAUCUUGUGAUAAGACAGGGUAUUUCUCCUCUACUUUUUGUAUAUAAGAAAGUUUUAACUUUUCUUUUUUUUAAUGUGGGGGAGUAGGAGAUGGGGAGGAAUCUUUUGGUUUCAGACAAGAAAUGUUGUACUCCGGUUGAUUUUUCAAUGAACUUCCAUUCCAAGCACUUAAUUCAAGGAAGGUCAGACUCAGUAAUACCUGAGUGCCAAAGGACUAUGAGUACAGAUUUGUGUUUGUGCCGGUGGGCAGCUUCUUGGUACACAGAGCUCUUCAAUCCGGGCCAUCAGACUAUGCUGGAGAAGUUGUAGAAGGAGCUGUGACAAAUAAAUACUAUUUUUAAAUGGAAAGAUUUGAUCUUUGGUAAUACAUGGUUUUGUUUUUCUGACUGGAAAAGUAGGUUCACCAAAGAUGAAUCACACUUGAGAUUUCUCUUACUCUCAAUAGGACUGAAGCAGAAAUAUUGUACAGGGAAGUUCAUUUUCACUUUUAGUGUGAACCAAGAAAUGAUGUAAGACAGUGGUUGGAGUAAUGCUUUUUGCGUUUCCAGGUAUGGUUAUAAUUAUAAAGAAAAACAAUGUCAUUUGCUGCUGUUAUUGUAAGUGCCUUGUAAUUAAUAGUAUUCCUGGAAUUGUGAACUCAACUCUUUGGGGCUGCACAUGCCAAUUUAAAGAGACCAAAUGUACAUUACCUUCUGUGCACUGAGUGAUAAAAUUACUAGAUUCUCAA